GGAAUUUGCUCUUGCCCGGGCUGCAAGUGGAGUUAAACAGCGGUGGGGUGCAGGCGUGUCACCACAUCCAGAGUGGGUCUGUUUGUUUCCCUCUCCGGCGCAGUCGCUUGAGAGCCAAGGGACAGAAAAUCCUGCUCUUUCCAAGGACCCUCUGCCAAUCCCAGCACCCGGCUAUGCCCAGAGCAGCAGACAGAUUCAAAGUUGGGGAAAUUGUCAUCAGGCUAACCCAAUCCUAGGCAGGCAGCUUCUGCUGCGUGCUGUUGGUGCCAGGCAGAAACAGGUCUGCCGUCCCGCUCCCCCAGAUCUCUGACACUGAGAAAGGAGGGUGAAGGAAGGAGGGAGAUUGGGGAAGGGAAGGGAGAGGUGUGUGUGUGUGUGUGUGUGUGAUCUCUUUGCUUUCCCCACUGCCUCCGCAGCCGCCCUAGCCUGCCUCCCCGCCCCCCCCCCCCCCGCUGCUCAGGAAGCCUUGAUGAGCUGCCAUAGGGACCCCGUCCAGAGGGGCGGGGGGGCGGGAGGAGGAGGAAGAAGAAGAAGAAGAGAGCAAUCUUCCCAGAGGAAGCCGGUGUGGACAUUUCCCGGGGGUGCUGCCAAAUCCCCUUUGGAUCUUCCCAGAGCCCACCCACCCGCUGGAUCGCCUGGCGUCGGGGGCACAGCAGCACGAUUAUGACCAGGGAUCCACCAUUGGCCAGCAAGCGUCGCCAGCCCAGGCACGAAACUUGAUGGAAAGUCUGUUUGGCUUCUUCUCCAUCGUCAGUGGGAUGGCACUUCAAACUACAAUGCAAUGUGCCAGAAGGAAUGAAGCCCUCUAGCAUUCCUACGGAUGUUUCUUAGAGCUACCAGAAAAGGACCAAUGAAGAUGUUUACAAAGCUCCAUGUGCUUGCUCUGGCUUUAUUUUACAAAGGAAUCUUCCUUUCUUUAGGUGACCACAACUUUAUAAGGAAAGAAAUUAAGAUUGAAGGAGACCUGGUUUUUGGUGGCCUGUUCCCAAUUAAGGAAAAAGGCACUGGUACAGAAGAGUGUGGGAGAAUCAAUGAAGACCGAGGCAUCCAGCGUUUGGAAGCUAUGUUGUUUGCUAUCGAUGAGAUCAACAAAGACAGCUACUUGCUCCCAGGAAUUAAGCUUGGAGUUCAUAUUUUGGACACUUGCUCCCGGGACACAUAUGCAUUAGAACAGUCGCUGGAGUUUGUCAGGGCUUCUUUGACUAAAGUGGACGAAGCAGAGUUUAUGUGUCCUGAUGGAUCAUAUGCGAUUCAGGAAAACAUUCCAUUACUGAUUGUGGGAGUCAUUGGAGGUUCUUACAGCAGUGUCUCCAUACAGGUUGCAAAUUUGCUACGGCUCUUCCAAAUUCCUCAGAUAAGCUACGCUUCCACCAGUGCAAAGCUGAGUGACAAGUCCCGGUAUGACUAUUUUGCACGGACAGUGCCACCAGACUUCUACCAAGCAAAGGCAAUGGCUGAGAUCCUGCGAUUCUUCAACUGGACCUAUGUAUCAACAGUUGCCUCUGAGGGAGAUUAUGGAGAAACAGGGAUUGAAGCCUUUGAGCAAGAAGCUCGACUUCGAAAUAUAUGCAUUGCCACCUCUGAGAAGGUGGGCCGCUCAAAUAUUCGAAAAUCCUAUGACAGUGUCAUCAGAGAGCUGCUCCAGAAACCCAAUGCAAAAGUGGUUGUCCUCUUCAUGCGCAGCGAUGACUCCCGGGAGCUCAUUGCUGCAGCCAACCGAUUCAAUGUUUCCUUUACAUGGGUUGCCAGCGAUGGGUGGGGGGCACAGGAGAGUGUUGUGAAGGGCAAUGAACAUGUUGCUAAUGGUGCAAUCACCCUAGAACUCGCUUCCCAUCCAGUUAAAGAGUUUGACCGAUAUUUCCAAAGCCUCACCCCAUACAACAACCAUCGAAAUCCUUGGUUCAAGGAUUUUUGGGAGCAGAAAUUUCAGUGUAGUCUUCAGAACAAAAAACCCCACAGAAGAGCUUGUGACAAACACUUAGCUAUUAACAGCUCCAACUAUGAACAAGAGUCCAAGAUCAUGUUUGUUGUUAAUGCAGUAUAUGCAAUGGCCCAUGCCUUGCAUAAAAUGCAACGGACAUUGUGUCCAAACACCACCAAGCUCUGUGAAGCCAUGAAGCACCUGGAUGGAAAGAAGAUCUACAAAGACUAUCUGUUGAAAGUCAACUUUACAGCUCCAUUCAGUUCUUCCAAAUCUGCAGACAACAUUGUUAAAUUUGAUACCUAUGGAGAUGGGAUAGGACGAUACAAUGUCUUCAACUUCCAGCACAGUGGAGGUAGAUUCUCAUACUUAAAGAUUGGCCAAUGGGCAGAAACCCUGACCCUCGAUGUAGACUCCAUUCAUUGGUCCAGAGGUCUUAUUCCCACUGCCCAGUGCAGCGAUCCCUGUGCACCCAAUGAGAUGAAGAACAUGCAGCCAGGAGAUGUCUGCUGUUGGAUUUGCAUUCCCUGUGAGCCCUUUGAGUAUCUGGCUGACGAAUUCACUUGUUCAGACUGUGCACCUGGGCGCUGGCCCACUGCUGAUCUCGCCAGCUGUUAUGACCUACCAGAAGAUUACAUCAAAUGGGAAGAUGCCUGGGCAAUCGGCCCAGUGACCAUUGCAUGCCUGGGCUUCAUUUGUACUUUCCUGGUUGGGGGGGUCUUUGUCAAGCAUAACAACACUCCCUUGGUCAAAGCUUCAAGUCGUGAGUUGUGCUACAUCCUUCUCUUUGGAGUCUUCCUUUCCUACAGUAUGACGUUCUUUUUCAUUUCUAAGCCUUCGCCAGUCAUUUGCACCGUGCGCCGCUUGGGACUGGGCACUUCUUUUGCCAUUUGCUAUGCUGCCCUGCUCACAAAAACAAACUGCAUUGCCAGAAUAUUCAAUGGAGUGAAGAACGGGGCUCAGAGGCCUAAAUUCAUCAGUCCUCGCUCUCAGGUCCUCAUUUGCCUGAGCCUCAUCAUGGUGCAGAUUGUGGUGGUGUCCGUGUGGCUGGUUUUGGAGGCCCCAGGCACCCGGCGGUACACUCUCCCUGAGAAAAGGCAGACUGUCAUACUGAAGUGCAAUGUAAAGGAUUCCAGUAUGUUAAUCUCUUUAACAUAUGAUGUGAUCCUGGUAGUCCUAUGCACUGUAUAUGCCUUCAAAACAAGGAAGUGCCCGGAAAACUUCAAUGAAGCCAAAUUUAUUGGUUUUACAAUGUACACAACCUGCAUUAUUUGGCUGGCCUUUCUUCCAAUUUUUUAUGUGACGUCGAGUGACUACAGGGUUCAGACCACAACUAUGUGCAUCUCCGUGAGUUUGAGUGGCUUCGUUGUCUUGGGAUGUUUGUUUGCCCCCAAAGUGCAUAUUGUCCUCUUCCAGCCACAGAAGAACGUGGUCACUCACAGGCUGCAUCUCAAUAGGUUCAGCGUCAGUGGGACAGGAACCACCUAUUCCCAAGCCUCAGCUAAUGUGUAUGUUCCAACUGUCUGCAAUGGAAGGGAAGUUGUGGAUUCCACCACCUCAUCUCUGUGAUCAUUCAGUUGGUUCUCACAUUCCUAGACUGUUAGGAAGUAUUGCACAUUUCUUGUGCUCUCUGAAAAAAAGUAAAAUUUAAAACAUAGCAGUUUUUUUUCUAGAAACAGUGUAAUAAAUUAUUUUUGAGGCCUGUACAGUAUAUAGUGAUGUUCUUUUAGAACAACUUUAGAGCCCUCUGUGAUUAACAGUUCUAAGGAAUGUGUAAAUAACCAUGACUUCCAGUUCCACCAUGUUGACUAAGCAGUGAGGGGUUUAUCAGUUGCCAUGUUAGGUGGCUUUCUUUCUAAUGGACUUUUUUUGUAAUUCCUUGUUGUAAUUUACUUAGACUGCAUUUCUAUGUUGUAUAUUAUGGUAUCAUUCUGUGCAAUGGAUGAUUUUCACUACAGUAUUAAUUAAUGUAAAGAUGUCGGUAAUAAAAUCUGAAAGGUU